ACAAGUGUAUGAUCCUAUUUUACGUGCGCGAAUUCAGGGCAAACCGAUCGUAAAAUUUCAUUAAAUUGUUCCAGGACAUAAAAUUCAUAGGCGAUAAUAUUUUUUUUUUAAUGAAUUCAAUCAGCUAUUUUUAUACUCCUGAUAAAUCAGUUCUGCAAUAGUGAGAAGGAGAGACUCGCGAGUGAAUUGGAGCUUUGAUGGUUUAUGGUGAUGGACGUUCAUAAAAUAAAAGCGAUGGUCAAAUAAAAGGUCAAGGCUCCAUCCUGUGGUACCCCAAGGUCCCCGGCGUGGGUGGAAUUUCCCUCCGAUCUCGUUUGUACGCUGUCUUAUCAAAUUAAUUGAUUAGCAGCUUUCAAAGGGGAAGCGAAUUUACGAUAAUCAACGGUCCAUUGCGGUGUUCAGGACACCGCCUCAAUUGUUUUUGAACACGUGUCGGAAAAUAUUGAAAAUCAAGUGAUCCUUUCGAUUUGAAUAAACACAUUUUUUUAUUGGAGAAAAUGAAUUUUUCCGCUCCAAGGCAAUUAAUCUUCAGAUAAAAUACAAAUUGCAGUUAAUUAUUGCGUAAAUGCAGUUGCAACUGGUGAAAAGGAAGAAUUCGAUAGCGGUGAUGCCUCAGGAAAGGAACAUUGAGCUGACGUACAGAAUGAAAUGUUACACUGUGGAGAAUGAGAAACUUUUCGGUGACAUAAUUGUGACCCAUCAGACAGUGGGUAGAAUUUGUGUACCCGAAAAUUGGCGAGGUACUGGUAUUUACAAGCGCAAACGACGAAACUUGACACAGGAAACCUUAGAGACGCCAGACUUCAUGGCACUCAACAGAAAAUCCGGGAGAACCUCUCAGAAACGAAGAGCUAUUGAGAAAGGAGCCAAUAUUUAUGCCAUCGGGUAUGAGACGAAGGAGAUUAAUCGGAGUGAACAGGAGAGUGUGAGGAAGCCGAGGACCUACCCUCUGCCCAUGGUGAGGGAAUUGAGUCAGGAGAGGGCUAUUUCAUCGUUAGUUGAUCAAUUACUACUGGACAUCUAUGGGUUUCCCAGAGGUGAUCGCUCCAGGUCUGAGAGUGAGUCCACUGUAUCCUCUUUCAGACCUACCCCUCAGCAUCGAUAUUUGCGAAAAACGAGAUUGCUAUUAAAAAGUACUGAAGAACUGACCAUAGUCCUGGAAACCCUGCGCUCUCAUGUUAAUCAAGCUGGGGCUCUUCUUAUUCGUCAACUAAGGAGGAGGGAUUAUCUUCUCACUAAACGGGACAGACAGUACGACGUGAUUACAGCUCAUCUUCAGGCGUACAGUAACAAAAGAAGCGAAGAUACAAGAAUGCGUUUCAGCUUGACUCCCCAGCCAGGUGAGAGUGGAUUUGCACAAUGGUUGGACGCAAUGAAAAUGGUUGCAAGACUGCCUGGGGGAAUACCACCCGAGUUUCGCAAGAGGUUGUGGCUGACGUUGGCAGAGCGCCACCUGGAGCAACGAGGGGUGGAUUGGAAGCAGGCGGAGAAAUUGUGUUUCAACGAGUGGAGUAAUCCAGACGAUGAGGAACUCGGUAUACAGAUUGUUAAGGAUCUCCACAGAACCGGCUGCAGUCUGUUUUGCGGUGCAGCAGGCCGAGACAAUCAGGCAGUACUGCGGCGUGUUCUACUGGGUUUUGCCAGAUGGAACAAGUCCGUUGGCUACUGUCAGGGACUCAAUGUACUUGCUGCCCUUGUCCUCCAGGUGACAGAUCGAGCCGAAGCAUCGGCGGUCAAGGUCAUGAUUUAUCUGAUCGAGGGAGUAUUACCAGAGGGUUAUUUCGCCGACAACCUCAGAGGGUUGUCAAUUGACAUGGCAGUUUUCAGGGAUUUGUUGAGAAUGAGAUUACCAAAGCUGUCAAAACAUCUCGAGGCCCUGCAGUGUGAUGCUAAGGAUAAGGCAACCGGAAGCAGCUACGAGCCGCCACUGACAAACGUCUUCACGAUGCAGUGGUUUCUCACUCUCUUCUGCCACUGUCUUCCCCAGGACGUGGUCCUCCGAGUCUGGGAUUUGAUAUUCCUCGAGGGUGAUGAGGUCCUUCUGAGAACAGCCCUCGCUAUCUGGGAGGGAAUAUCAGAUCGAAUCAUGACAGUGACGUCUGCCGACGAGUUCUACAGUAUUAUGGGGGUUCUGACGAGGGAAAUGCUCGAGUUCACAGACACAAAUAAUUUGAUAAAGACCAUUGUUAAUAUGGGACCCCUCGUUGGUGUGACGGAUCUCAGGGAAAAGCACAGGUACAAUAUAACUCCUUGGGCUAGACGUCUCAGUGACGACGAGGAUACCGAUACCGAAGAGGAGGAGAAACUCGCUGUGGCGGCUGCCAUGUACGGCGUCCAUCACAGGCUUAAGAAAGGUUACAAGAAAGGCUCCUCAAUAGCAGCAGGAACUCUGCAGGCAAUCAAUCAGGGAGGGGAUAAAGACAGAUUAGCACUGGACAUCAGUACAUUGAAACACCAGUACGCAAAGUUGAGAGAACGUCAGCGUCAGGCGCACAUUAUUUUAUCCGCUGCCUGUGCGAGACAAUCAAUGGUUCCUCCAGGCACUUCCCAAGCGAUGAAUCAUCUCCUGGUGGGUAAAAGUGCCCUUGUCAGUGCAAAAACCCGUCAACUGGGCCCACCACCUGGAGCAAUACCCCCGAAAGCGAGAUUGACUCCUCUGAGAAGUCCCAGGAAUCAAAAUCGCAAAGAUAAACAGGGAGUGACAUUACACUGGAAGGACACGAAGAAACCGAGGGAAACGAAAAAUGAGCCUGCGGUGACAGAUGACGUUGACACUGAGCUGGCACAGUCCCCAGAGGGUAUGCCCAUCACUCUGAGAUCAUUGAGACGCAGCAGUGGGGACAGUGACAGUGAUAGUACGUCGACAGAGCUGUGUGAUGAUCCUGAUCGGCUGAGUGACAGUGAAGAGCCCACAUCGACAUCCGAUUGUUACGUUAUGGCAACGGACGACGAGAGAAGUCCACGACCAUCACCCACUCACGCUGUUGACGUCAUCGGUUCCUGUGAUCCGGUGAGAGGGAUUGACCCAGUGGACGCCGAGACUACAGCAUCAAUCGCCAAGAUAACGGAUCAAAUCAGAAGGCUGUCGGCUGGCGAUGACAAUAACUCUAUUGCCCCUGUGUCCGAGAGCUUUGACAGGGGUGAUGGUAAAUUGGGAGACAGAGGGCACGAUGGAGUGAUCCGGGGGGAGACAGUGCCAGUAGAUAGGGAGGAUUUUGUACCUAGUAUUGAGAGAAAAUUAGACGUAGUGCCCAGGGCUGUGGAGCCAAUACUGACUCCCCAUGUGGAGGUGAAUUCAAUUAAUGAUGCGUUCAGAGCCGAUCUCGACACAAAGUACUCAUCGAAAUCGAUGGAUUUGGACAUUGACUCGAAGACGUCGAGCAAAGUUACGGCACCUGGGGAAUUGGAAUCGAAUCGAAUAGAAUCGAAUUAUUACUCGAGGAGUUUUGUAAUGGGACACGUACCGAUAUCCCCAGUGAAUGUUGAUCAGAAGUUCCAGAAGGCUGGAAUUUUGCAGACGAGAGUUUGUCACCUGAGCCUCGAUUAUCCUCAGAGUGUCAAGCCUUACGAUGACGUGAAGAGGAGCCCGAAGACACCGGAAAGCGCCAAGUCAUUCAGCUCCGGCGAGACAAUGGGGCCGGACUCGAAAGUAUCGAGUCUCACUACCAGUCCUAGGACUCCAGUCCGAGGGGACUCUUGUUACCCGAGGAGUGAAAAAUCCCACUCGUCAGGAAGUUCCGACGACAAGACCUUGACGAUGAGAUCGAUAGACUCGGAAAUGGGUUCACGCUCGAAGAUGGAGUCGAGGUGUUCCCUGGACAAUAGCUCCUCGACUCCAAUGAGCCUCGACGCCCUGAAGAAGUCGAUGAGCCCCACGAAGAUAGUUGUGAGCAGCUCCAGUGAAUCUUAUUGCCCUGGGGCAAUUAAAUCGACUGAGUUAUCCCCUUUCAGCUCUGAGCUUCACUCUUCAACAAGUGCCAAUUCGAUAAAGUACACGUAUUCUUAUAAAAAUCAGGAGAACCUCUCGGAGACGCCAGUGGACGUUCCGUCGACAUCACCUUUUUAUCCGAUCUCUACUCCAGAGGUGAAGACCUCCCCGAGGAAUUCAGGGAAAGCUGACGCCCUGGAGCCCUUGACGUACAAACUGGAGGAGUCGAGGUCGAUCAAGGGGGAGACGAAGACGAAAGAUUUACCGAGAAAAGCCGACGACUACGAUUCGGGAAGGCCCUUCGAGGCAGAGCUCGCUCUGACUCUGGCCUCGAAAUCCGAGAGGGCAGCGAUCAUUGGAGUCCACAGGGACUCGAGUAAAGACACCAUUGACCUCGAUAAAUAUCAGGCAAAGCUGAAGAGCGACGAGCUGGAGGAGCGAUUCCUGGAGAACGACACGGUCUCCCCUUUACCCCGCGACAAGUAUAAAACCCUGAAGUUGUCUGGGGACGCGGAUGAGUUUUCCUCGCAGAAGCGAAGUCCCACCAAGUUCGAACGGAGCUGCAGCGUCUUGGAAAGGAAAUUAGCGGAGAUGAAGUUGUCGACGUCGACGGAGGACUUUGUGGGGACGAAAAAGCGUUCGAGUGAUAUUUUGGACGAUCUUCGACGAAUGGAGGCGACAACGUUGGAGAGCAGCGUCUCGAGUGACACAAAUAUGACGAGAAAGACUGGUUACGAUUGGGAGGAUCUCAGAAAUCUCGAGGCGAGACGACAGGACACCUUCAGCGAUUCUGCCAGUGGCUUCUCCCAGGCGAGGCUCGAUCUCCCAGGGAUAACCGUCUCCAAUGAAGUCAGGAAGACUUACGUCGUCGAGCCUAGAAUUCAGAUGGACGAGGGUAGCGACAGUAUCCUGAAGAACUACACCAAGAGAAAAGAGAAUGGAGAGCCCGACGAUGACAGGGAGUCGAAGCUCGGUGUUUGGACGAAGGUCAAGCCCAGGAAGAGAGGGGAAAAUGGUAGAAGGAGCAGUAGCGAUAGAGCCCUGAAGAUAAUCCAAGAGAAUUCGGCUAUUCUCCACAAGAUUCUUACCUGUCAAGCCAAGAAACGUCUUCCCGAUUUAGAAGAGAUAUCAAAAGAAAUCACGAUAAGUCCGAUUAACGAGGAGAUAUCCAAGAUAUUCAGCCCGAUUUUGGAGAAGAUGGGGCUGAAUGAGCACGAGAUCAACGAAGAGCUCGCAAGGAUAAACUUCAAGGAUUUGGAUCAGAUGAAGACGACUAAUGGCUCGGAGUUCGACGCAAAGAUGCACGACGAGCUGUCGAAGCUGUCGAUAAUUGACGACAACGAGGAGAUCAAUCACCUGGAUGUCGACGAGAUGAUAUCAGGUGAUUACCUGGAUACAAGAGAGGCCCUGAUCGAUAAACAAAUAAACGAGGAGCUCUCAAAGCUCCUGGCUAACUACGACGAGUCACCCAUCAGCCUGGAGCCCUACGAGAAAGGAUCAUCGAGUCAGAAUGAGAUCGAGGGACUUGACCUCACGAGCAUCUCCACAAAUGUAUUCUCUUACAAUUCCUCGAACGACUCGAUCGAGAUCGAUAAGAGCGAGGUUGGGAGCCAGGAGCCUUCAGUAGAAAAAUUCCAUCACUACGCAGACACACAGACGUAUCAGCCUCCCACGUCUUACGAUCUCCAGAGUAUUCAGAGCCUCUCCCCCAGGAGUGACAUCGACAUAUACAGAGAACUCGAGAAGCUCAAUAAGAUCUCCUCGGUCCAGGUCCUCUCGAGUAAUCCUCCGAUCAUAUCCCCAGGUGCUUAUGGCUCAGACCUGCCGUCCUACGAGGCACAACUGCCGUCCUUAGAUUACAUGAAGCCAGAGAAACCCUUUGAGAAUUCCUUGAAGAGUCCUUAUGACACCUACAAGCCCUUCGAUUUCACAGCGUCCAAGUUAUCGCCCCUCAAACCCUCGAAUCCCUUCUCCAGGACUUACGACAAGGACGAGGGGUUGGCAGCUCUUGAUGCCGAUCGGAGUGCCUUGAGGAAUUUUGAAAUCGGCAAACGUCAAAUGCUGUCCAAGGAGACACUCGAGUUUCGGGUGCGGUACGACGAGGAUAAUGCCCCGGGUGAUAAGAUUCGCGAGGAGCUGUCGUACAGGGGUUAUCAGGGGGAUCGUGGGGGGUAUUACGAUGAAGAGACAGGGGCGAUCAAUCGUAUUGGCAAGGACGAGAGGGCAUUACCAUUGUCCUCACCCCUGGAUUACUCGUACGAAAAGUCCGAGUACCGGGGGAAAUACCUGGCUAAAUCCCCAGAGAAUUAUUUCUCCAAGGAUUACGAGAGGAAGAGCUUCAAGGUGACACCCACCAAUGAUGACCUGAAUAUUGGUUCAUAUUUUCCGAUGACUCAUCGGAGAGAUUUUUCUCCUAAUUAUCAGUUUGAGGGGAGUUAUAGGAAGGGUCUUUACUCAUCGAAGCUUGAGGGUGGACCGGCAAAGACUGAAGGAAGCGAUGAACCUGGCGGGAUGGAGUUUGAGACACCGUCCAGGGAAUCCAUUGCUUUCAGGAAAGCUGCGAUGACACUUGGACCGUUGGACGGUGUCACCAGGGGAUUUGAGGGCGUCACUCCCAAGGGACAGUUCAAUCCCUUCCCAGUGAGAAAUAUAUCGAGGAAACCCAAGGAAUUGGGACUCAAGCUCGGACUGUACUCGCCCUCAAGUCCGGGAACCGCGUCGGGAAAGCGAUCAUAGUCUGGUGAGAAUUUUACAGAUAGGUUUUUUGAUUAUGGAAUGAUUUGGAGAUUUUAUGGAGAUAAAUGGAGUGAUAAUAAUUCUGUAAUUUGAGAGGCCUAAUCCAAUAAUCCCAGUAACAAUUGAACCUUAAACUGGGCUUUUGCUACUUCUAGGUGAAUUUUAGAAAAUAACUGACGGCUGAGCACAGAGAGAAAUGAUAACUCUCAAGCUCCAAUGAAUGCGCGUUGUAGUUGAUUUUGACCUAUCAAUUUAAAAAGUUUUCUCUUCAUCGUUAAUUGACAAUGGCUCCAGUUACAGUUGAUUUUUUUUUCCCUCCACCAUUUGAUGAGUCUAUCAGCCAUCAAUUAACAGAGUGCAUGAAUUACGAGGAUAUAGCGGGACAAUUGAAGCAAUUAUCAAUUUUGGAUAAUUGCUGGCCACUCUCUGAAACAAAUACCCGCGUGGGUUUUUCUUUUUUUUUUUUCAUCUGUGAGUAAUUGUCAAGUGUACAAAAUGGAAAUGUCAUUUUUGUUUGUCACAUCUGUUAUUGUUUUUCCAAUGUAAAAAGAGUCUAAUGGCAAUGGAGAAUCGAACUGAACGGAAAGUACUGGCGCGGAUAUUUGAUAGAUUGCGAGUGUUUUUCAACUGAAAAAUGAAUGAGAGAGUGGAAAAAAAAGGGUAGUGGACUGAGAGAGGAUAAUUAGAAUGUGUAUAGAUAAAAUCCCGUGGUUAUUCGUUAUCGCGAAAGAAUGUCUCACCAAUGGAGAAUGGAAAACUCAUCAGCUGUGCUGAUUUAACGUGCUCGGGUAUUGUUAAUUAAUUGCCCAUCAAUUGAGAGAUCAAUGAUGAAAGUCCGACUUGACGCUGAUCAAUUCACUGGGGCAUGUCCCCAGCAAUUGAUAAUUAAUAACUGAAAUGGCAAUUGAACGGUCAAAUCAGUAGUCAAGAAGUGAAGCUAGACGAAUGAAACUUUAUGGAUUUAUCUGAGAGACUCUCGAGGAAUUUCGCCAUUUAAUUAAAUUAAUUAUGAAAAUAUUGAUUUCUUGAAUUACAUUAAAUGAAAUCUCGACUAUUUGACAUUUUUCCUUUAAAACCUCAAAGCAACAAUUGAAAUGAGAAAUGAAAUCGUGAAAAAUGCAAAUUUCAGUUAUCACUGUAUCAUUGUUUUAAAUGUAACAAAUUUGUGAGGCUUCAUUGUCGAAUAUUGUAUAUAUUUAUAGUCUACGAGCACGAUUAACUGCGGAUAUAAGACUGUAAUAUAUUUGAAGAA